CUUUGGCAUGGCGUCGUUGCAGGGUUAAAUUAUUGGUCCAAAUCAGUCCAGCCAAACCCGCCACACUUCAUAAAGCCCAGUCCGUCUACGUUCUCGAGAAAUUGUGGGUGAAGGUCUUACUGGUCCUAACAGGCUCAACAGGCAUCGUGAUUUGGGCCGCAGGCAUGUUUGCAUCUAAAUACAACUGGGAGGCGCAGCCAUUAUCUGGCCAGGAUGGCUUGGUUAUAGUCAACAGUAUUGAUGAGGAUUACGAGCCAAAUAAACGUCGUAGAAGCACGAGGGAAGAGGAAACAUUAGAUGAACGUGCCCUAACCUUCGCUUCCGCGGAAUCAAAAGACAUAUUAUAUAAAAUUCAAGAGCUGCUACGAAAGAUUAAUGGAAAGCUCCCAGAUGAGCAUGCUGUUGACUCGACGUGGGUUCUCAGCAUGCUCACAAAACUCAUGACUCAAGCUAAAUCGUUUGAGGAAGCGGAACCUUGCAUCAAUGAAAUCACGGAAUAUUUUAAAGAGCAUGAGGAUCUUUACUGGGAUAAUGGCAAGUCCCCUAUGAUAAGUAAUCUCAAACUAGCGAAAAUAGCAUGGAGAACGAUCCCGCUCACCAGAGAAAAUCUUCUUAUGGAAGUAAAAGGUAAUAGUAGCUCCACGCUGUUCAUGCUUUUCAUCGUUAACAUGGUCUUAGCCUUUACCAAGGCGGUGUUCGUGAAACCGAGUCCAUCCUCAUUCUCCAAAAGAUCCGGAUGGUCAAUCUCCCAAGAACGUCCUGGAGCUAUCCUCUGUCUUCGCCCUCGACAUAGGCAAGGACUGCCAAUCAUACUCUAUCACCCCGCAUUCCUGGCCUUUCAACGAAUUCUCCGUAAAGACCUUCCGACCUCUCAGGAGGCCACACAGGCUAUGCGUGUCUCUUGGGAGCUAUGUGAAGAAAUGGGGAAUGCGUUUUCGGAAGAGGACGCCCGGAGUGCAAAGUUCGACGAGAUUAUGGCCGGAAUGUUUGAUGGGAUCGACAGAAAAGAGGAGACCUUCAAGUCACUAACAUCACAUGCCCGAGUAGAUAGAGUCUACCAUCUUCAAGAUACAAUCGUCAUAGUCCGCGAGGACAAGAACGAGUUCGAAACCGGAGAUGCAUUUCUACAAUCUGCACGAUCAUAUGAUAUCAUCUGCGAAGCGAUGCAGCAAAGCAAUCCUAAAGCACUUCAGUCCGGACUUCCGGUCUUUCUUUUGGCCUUGAAUGGUUCGUUUCUGAUCGAUAAAAUGUAUGGGGCUAAUUUCAACUACAGGUCCUAUUCUCACUAUUUCUGGAGGGUUUUAUGA